CUACCGUAUCAUAACUGAAACCCGGAAAAUCAAAAACAUGGCCCAUAAUGAACCACGUCAGCCCCACCAACAGGAAGCCAAAGGCGGCCCGUCCUUUUGAUCGAGCUCUCAACCUCCCAAAAAAAGUCGUCUCUCUGAAGGCAAAGAUAUUUUAAGCGGUUUUCGCGGUUGUCAGAGAAAGUUGGAUAUCGAUUUGGAGGCGGUUUUGCUUUCUCUCUCUUUAUUUUACACUAUAAUUUCAGCGGACUUCUCAUAUACAUAUUUUGUAAUCUCGUUAAGGAUGAGCGUGUUUGAGAAUGAGGGUGUGAGCAGCGGAGGAGGGAUGGAAGUGCAGUUGCGGACAGAGGAGGAGGCAGAGAAGAAGAAAGAAACAGAGAAUAAGGAUGACUCAUCGGAGGUGGUUCUGUGGGAGAAGUUUCUUCCAAGAAUGGUGCUUAGAGUUCUACUGGUUGAGGCCGAUGAUUCUACGCGCCAGAUUAUCGCUGCGCUUCUUCGGAAAUGCAGUUACAUAGUAGUAGCUGUUCCUGAUGGAUUAAUGGCAUGGGAGGCCUUAAAGGGUAGACCCCAUAACAUAGAUCUCAUAUUAACAGAAGUAGAGCUGCCAUCAAUAUCAGGAUAUGCACUGCUUACUUUGGUCAUGGAGCAUGACAUUUGCAAAAACAUUCCUGUCAUAAUGAUGUCUUCACACAAUUCAAUUAGCUUGGUUUUGAAGUGCAUGUUAAAAGGUGCGGCUGACUUUCUCAUUAAGCCUGUUAGGAAAAAUGAGCUGAGGAACCUGUGGCAGCAUGUUUGGAGAAGGCAAACUCAUAAAGUUGAAUCCACCUUUGAAAACAAUUCAACAAGUGAUCACUGUAGUGAUUGUGCAACUUUCUCACAUAAAAGAAAGGAAUGCAGCGAGAAAAGGAGCGAUGCCCAAGGUCUUUCACAGAUGAAGUAUAGUAGUGAGUCAAAUCUGAGUAAUACGGAGAAAGAGAAGUACAAAGAGUGUGCCGUGCUUGACAAAAGGGCAGUUAACCCUGAGAGUAAAACUGGAGAUUGGUCAACUCAAUUGGGGCUAAUGAGUGUAUCAUGCAAUGAAGCUUAUAAUCUACCUGCUCAGAAACUGGGAGAACAUGCUUGCUGUGCUAAGUCAAUGAUCCAAGAUGAAAGUACAAGACCAGAAAAUAUUAGGGGAAAUGCUAAUGCCUCUCAGGGCCACAAUAAUGAACUGGUUGAAUCUUCUAGUGGAACUGUUGAUUUGAUUGGUUCAUUUGAUAAUGGCCCAAAGCGCAUAGAUGGACACACAAGUAUCAAUGAUGGCACAAAUAAGUUUGAGUUCACUCCAUGGCUGGAACUUUCCCUAAGAAGAUCUUUUCCCAAUAGCUCAAAGAAUCAAGGAGCUGACGAAAAGCAUUUGCUGAACCAUACCAAUGCCUCAUCUUUUUCACGGUAUAACAGUAAGAUGUUGCAACCUCUUUUUCCAACAUCAACCAGUAACUUUACCAAGUUCAAGGAAGAUGCUAGUAAGUCUCUAGAGCUGUCACCCAAUCAUGUUUCUCAAAAUAUUAGCAGUGUUUCUCAAAGACAUAGUGCCAGUCUGAAUGGCAGUCAAGAAAUCAUGACUACUAUGGUCGUUGGUCAUUCUGGGCAGGCUGAACUAGCACAUUCAAACCCUCAACAGCUGAUUCGUAUCCCAGGGGUAAGGCUUGACAAUCUCUGUACCAGAUAUGGCCAUGUGAUUCCUCCUGUAUAUCAUAGACAAACAGGUUUACCCCCAGCUUGGAGUCCCAAACUGGCCAGCCAACGAGAACAUUCUCCAUUUAGUACUUCAAUUCAUUCAAAUUCUGAAAUUCAGGACUCUGAACAGAAUAACAGACAAUCUGAAGAAACUACCACCAAUUCUGUGGACCAAAGUUUGCAUCAGCAGAAUAAUAUGGAACUUGCGGAGGAACUGAGACAUGGCUCUCCAGCUGCCAGUCAGAGUACUAGUAGCAGCAUGUGUAAUGGCAUUGCAGAUGACAGUAACAGCAGUGCAUAUGGAAGCUUUUGCAGUAGACAUGAGGGAAGUGCUACUUUGGUUGUGGCAUCUGAGAAGGCUAUGGUUCCGGAGAGAGUGAAUGAUGGGGGCUUCUUUGUUUAUGACAGAUUCAAAGGGAUGGAUUCUCAUCGUUUUAGCCAAAGAGAAGCAGCCCUGACAAAGUUCCGACUGAAGCGGAAAGAUCGAUGCUACGAGAAAAAGGUUCGAUACCAAAGCCGGAAAAGACUAGCAGAGCAGCGCCCUCGAGUAAAAGGGCAGUUUGUUCGUCAAGUGCAAAAUGAUCUUCCAAUGGCUGAUGCUAAUAAUUGAAUAUGAAACUCAUCAUCGACCACAUGUCUGGUGACUGUCAUUCGCCUGAAUUGUAAAUGAUGGAAUGAUCAUUGAGUGAAAUCUGAAUGUGUGAGAGAUGCUUUUGUGUUGCUACGGCCUAUAGGUGUAAUUUUUGUAUCUACCAAAAAGUUGGCCUUGUAAUUAUCUAGUGAGGUGGUCGUAGUUCUCUACUAUGGUUAAUGUGUUUGCUUGCUCAGUGGAUCCGUAGAUGACUGACUCCUAGUGUUUAGGAAGGUUUGAUGGAAUUUAUAAUUAUCGACAGUAAUCAAUUUUCAGUUGGCUUCUUGUCUUCA